AUGCUUCCUCCACACGGUGCUUGCGUGAACUUGCGCACAUCUGCAAUUGCAUUGAAACACCAGAAAGACGCAAAAGAUAAUGAGAUGAUGGAGGGGAUUCAGAGAUGGAGAGAAGCUCUUACACGCGUGGCCAAUCACUCUGGCUGGGAUAUCCGAAACAAGUACGUAAUCCCCUCAGGUUUCUCCGUGGAUCUUAUUGUUAUUACCUGGAUUAAUAAAGAAGGCAUGGUUGCAUUUUACAUUGUUCAGCUUCUGCUUUAG